GGCCAGAAAGACCGGGCUUCAUGUGCAAGGAACUGACCUGCAUCUCAGUCAAAUUCACACCCUCCUCCACCAUCAGAAGUCUCCAUAUAAGUUUCUCAAGCCCCCCGAGCUUGGAAAUGAGCCAUCACUGAACCAAGGGUGAACACAGCAGCACCGCCACAGAGAGAGAGAGAGAGAGAGAGAGAGAGAGAUCGUUUAAGGGGACGACCUGAGGAACACGGAGAGAGUUUGUACACGAUCAUGGCGAGUCGAGUCGUGGGUUUGGUCGGGCUCGUGCUGAUCGUCGCGGCGGUGGGUGCGAAUGCGAGCACGUACAACGUCGGAGAUGAACUGAUGUGGAAAGUCCCUCCGCUCGGUGACAUUGCCUACAAGACCUGGGCCGCCGAGAAGAGCUUCAACUUCGGCGACACCGUCGUGUUCAACUGGACGGGGAAUCAUGACGUCGCCGAAGUGUCGAAGACGGACUACGACAACUGCACGAGCACGAGCCUCAUCGGGACGGUCCAGACGGUGAGCCCAUACAACGUCGUGCUGAACACGAACAGCUCUCGCUACUUCAUCUGCACCAUCGGUGACCACUGCGGCCGCGGCCAGAAGGUCACCCUCAGCAUCGGGUCCGCCUCGUCGCUCGCCGUCCACGCCCUGUCCUUCGCCCUCUCCGCCUUGGCUUUCGCAUUCUUGAAUCACUCUUAGGCAGAGAUAGGGGACUUCGGUCUUCACAUUCCGCAAGUGAUGUUGCUUUCUUAUGAUUGUGUUGUGAUCGUUCUUGAGGCUUGUGAUCAAUAAUACCGACCUGCGUGGCAAGUCUUCAUGGA